UACUAGUGUGUUAAAUAUUCCGGGGUCUACAAAAAAUCUGUAUCAUUAAAUUUACGUUUUUGAAAUGUUAAUAACGUGUUUCAUGUUUGUCGAAAGUUUGGAGAAAUGUUAAGUUAUCAUAUUAUAAAGUGAAUUAUUUUAGUUUAAAACUUAAACUGUUGGAACAAGUACACCGGAUAUAGCACCAACGUGAUAAAAAACAGACACUGAGUUUUCUUAGAUUAUAUAAUAAUGAAAGCAGUUACAGAUGAUAGUGUGUUGAGUGUUGCAGACAUCAGUGUGGAUAUAGGACGGGCAAAUAUUCUGCAGCAUGUGAGUUUUUCAACUUGUAAUGGAGACGUCCUUGCCGUAAUGGGCCCGACAGGGUCUGGAAAGACAACAUUACUCAAUGUAAUAGCUGGACGUCAACCUCUUUCUGCAGGAAACAUUUAUCUUUCUGGACAAAAAUUCAACAAAAGACUGCGCCGACAACUUGGUUUUGUCCUUCAGCAAGAUGUUUUCUUUUCAGACCUUACAUUAUGGGAAACAUUAUAUUUUACAGCUAUGAUCAGUCUUCCCGAAUCUCUAUCGAAAGCUGACAAGUUGAAAAGACUGGAAAACAUAAUCGAUCUGCUGCAGUUAGGAAAAUGUAAGAAUACAGUGAUAGGUGGCAUAUUUCUCAAAGGUCUUUCUGGUGGUGAGAAGAAAAGAGUCAGUAUAGCAAGAGCACUGCUCACAGAUCCUAAGAUUCUCUUACUUGAUGAACCGACAUCUGGCCUUGACUCUAGUAUGGCGUUACAGAUUGUUAGACAGCUGAAGGCUCUGGCUAGCGAGUACAACAAGACUGUCAUAGUAACUAUUCAUCAGCCUUCCAGUCAAGUGUACCACAUGUUUGAUAGCUUGCUUUUAUUGUCCCAAGGAAAGGUUGUCUAUAAUGGAAGUGCACAUCGAGAGCCACUGAAUUCUCUUGAACGUUCAGGAUACAAAUGUGACCCACUGUAUAAUCCAGCUGACUUUAUAAUGGAUGUUCUGAGUUCAGAUGGUUCUGAAAUAGAUAAAUUAGUCAAGAGCAGAGAGCUUGCCGAAGAAGAAGCUGUAAACCGAAACUCAACAAUAUCCAUUCAUAAAGAUGGCCUGAGCACGAUAUCGACAACAAUGAGGCAUUCAUCCGGCUCAAUGGUAUCCAUUAAAACACACGACAGUGACUUCAGCAUUUCAGAAAAAGAGAAAUGGCCAACGGGGUUCGCAAUGCAGUUUCGUAUGCUUACUUGGAGAAGUUUGAAACAAUCAAUAAGAACACUGUUACAUGUGUACAGUCUCACUGAAUUCCUCUUUAUGGGAGUUUUAGGUGGUCUAUUAAUGUUGAAUGACUUCAAGACGUUCGGAGAUAUAAGGGGAGUGGCUUUCUACAUGGUCUUGAUAUCUACAGCCUCAACUGCAUUUCAAGCCGCGGCAAUAUUUCCAGUUGAAAUUGAAGUUGUUUCAAGGGAGCGUGCAAGCGGAGCAUAUCGGUUAUCUGCCUAUUACUUUUCCAAAAUGGCUGGAGAAUUACCGUUAACCUUUGCAAAACCUACAAUACUUUGCACAGCUAUUUAUUGGAUAGCUCGGCUGAAUGGUGUACAGCAAUUUUUUAUUACGUAUUCAAUCAUUCUACUGAAUGUCAUCAGUAUACAGUGUGUUGGAUUUAUUGUGAGCAUCGUUUUCCCGGACAGACAGCUGAGCACAUCAGUUCUUAAUGUGGUGUUGCAAUUGUCGAUGUUGCUAUGUGGAUUUUUGAUACAAAAUAUCCCUAGCUGGCUAGCCUGGGCAAAAUAUGUUUCUCACAUGUACUACCCGUUCAGUGCAUUAUGCAUAAUCUUGUAUGAGAACACAGAACCGGUAUCUUGUAACACAACCAGUGUGAUAACCUUCAGCAAAUGUCUUCAGAACAGUUCAGACUACGUUACGUCUGUAGAAAUACUACACGAUGUUGGAAUUGAACUUCCGGUGUAUUGCUACGUUGGAACUAUGAUACUAAUUUGUGUUAUGCUGAGAGUAGUUGUAUACAUUGCAUUACGGCUGAAGCGCCCUCGAAUCAGUUAACCUUUGUAAUACUCUAGUGUCGCACUUGCGGCAUAAUUUUAGAUUGAUUCAGUGGUUAAUUACUCCUGAAGGAUUGUUGUAUUCGAGAUUGGUCUUUUUCACUUUAAAAUAAAUCAACUUGAUGUUUGACCGGACUAUUUCGAGCACGAACAACAACAUAGUUAUUUGUUACCUUGAGUUGACCGAAUUAUCCUCCCUGGCAAGAGGGCCUACAUUCUUCAAAGUUUUUCUAACUGUGUAACGGAUUAGCAUUCAAACAUUUCACAUGUAUCUUAAUGCAGUACUUACCACAGAUGGAUGUGUGUAAAUGACACAUACAAUAUAUUUUACAGUCUUGUAAACAUCUAUCAGUAAAAAUAAGCUGAACUGUACAGAAAAAAGGGUCAGUGAUAGGGAUUACGUACUUGUAGGAAAUUUUAUCUAUGUUUUAGCUAAUUUGCUUUUUACAGUUGUAUGUUGCUAAUUUUAUCUAUUCAUUGUUGUAUCGUUGCUAAUUAAUCUAAAUUUUGUCUGGAAUAAAACCUUCCUUAAUAAUGACAAUUUAUUAAUCAAUCAAUUAAUAUUAAUUAUUAAUACAGGAUGCUACCGACUUGGGUAAACCUAUAUUUUGUGUAAUAUACAAUUAUACAAUUAUAUAUAAAUAAACAAUUAUUAUUCUGUUUA